AUGCCGGUCAAAAUUUAUCAUGACGAUGAUGCUGAUGUGAAUAUUGUGCGUAGUAAAACUGUUGCAUUCAUUGGUUAUGGAAAUCAAGGUCGUGCCCAGGCAUUAAAUUUACGUGAUAGUGGUGUGAAUAAUAUCGUUAUUGGCAAUAUUGAUGAUGAUUAUGCUAAACAAGCUAGUACAGAUGGAUUUAAUCCAGUAAGUAUUGAAGAAGCAGCUCGUCAAGGUGAUAUUCUUAUGUUACUUAUUCCUGAUGAAGAUCAACAAACAGUUUGGAAUGAAAAAAUUCGUGGUAAUAUUAAACCAAAUACUACAUUAGUUGUUGCAAGUGGAUAUAAUGUUGCAUUUAAUUUACUUGAUAUACCUAAUGACAUGGAUGUUGUUAUGGUUGCACCACGAAUGAUUGGUGCUGGUGUACGUGAUCGUUAUGUUCAAAACAUUCCAUAUCCAUGUUUUGUAUCUGUUGAAAAAGAUGUUAGUGGUACAGCUUUAGCUACAUGUCUUUCCAUUGCUUGUGCUAUUGGAGCAACACGAGGUAAUGGUGCUGUUGGUUCGUCAUGUCGUGAAGAAGCUGGUAUUGAUUUAUUUGCUGAACAAGCAAUUUGGCCUGAGAUUAUGGCAAUAUUUCGUGAAGGCUAUAAUGUUUUACAUGAAGCUGGAUUUACUGAUGAAGCUAUUUUAUUUGAUAUGUAUUUAAGUAAAGAACCAGCUGAAAUAUUUGAACGUGCUGCUGAUGAAGGUUUUGUUAAACAAUUAAAAUAUCAUUCACGAACAAGUCAAUAUGGUCAAUUAUCAACAAUGAAUCGUCAUGAUGGAAAAGAAAUACGUGAAAAAUUUCGAAAAGUUCUACAUGAUAAUAUUUUAUCAGGAAAAUUUGCCGAAAAAUGGUCAAAUACAAAAUGGGCUGCAGAAGAAUUAGCUAAAGAAUGGAAAGAAGUUGAAAAGGCACCUAUUGCUCAAGCUGAUCAACGUGUACGAGAUAAUUUAAAAGAAGAACUUCUACGAAAACAAAAUGCAAAUUGUGUUUAUAUAAAAAAGAAUCCUUGGGUUCAUUUAAUGAUUUCUAAAGAAAUUGAUGCAGCCAUUACUAAAUUUUGUAGUUUAUGUCUUCGAGAUCAUAUAUACCCAUGGUUAUCAACGAUUACUCAAGAUGAUAGUCUUGUUCAUGAAACCAAACAUGUUUUUCGAUAUUUAUUAGCAACAGUUAUUCGUCGUUUACACAAUGUUGAUAUUAAUGCUUUUAUUACUGAACGACUUAUUCCAUUAAUAUUCCAAACCUGUGAUCGUUAUAUUCAUACCAAAGAAAUCCAUUCAGCAAAUGAUUCAAUUGAAUUUCUUCGAAAAAUGUAUAAAGAUGAUCUUCAUAUAGCAAUGUAUAAUCGACGAGAAGAAUUAAAAUAUUUAAAAAGUCUUAUGCUUAAUUUAAUGCCAAUCAUAGCACCAAAAUUUAUUUAUAAAUGUAAAGGUUCACGUCAUUUUUUAUGUGAAUUAUUUGUAUGUCAAAUAUUAAUUGAUGGUAUUGAUGCUAUUUGUCAACCGGAUACAUUAAAUCGUUUAUUUCAUCUUUAUUUUACAACUGCUAUUGAACGUCGACAAAAAAAUAAUAUUAAAAUACAAAUAACAAAUGAAUCAAAUACAUAUGUUGAAAUUCUAUCACAUUUUUGUGCAAUGAAUGGAUCAAUACAUAAAAAUAAAUUAGCUUUAGACUUAACUGAUGUUAUGUAUGAAAAAGAAUUAAUGAAUCAAUUUAGUCGUGUACUUGAUCGUCAUGGUUCACUUGGUUUAUUAAGUAUUUAUUUAACAUUAACAGAUAUUUUAAAUGAUAUUCCAAUAGCAACAGAUAUAUUAGUAAGAAAAAAAAUUUAUCAACGUUUAAAACGUCUUGAUGAACGUUAUUUAAGUCCAUUAACUUCUGAAACAUCUGUUAUUAUUAGUAAUCCAUAUAAUAAUGAAGAUACACUUAUAGAUGAAAUAAAAUAUUUAAUUUAUCAUGAUUUAGAAGAAAGUAUUAAGGAUGAGAAUGAAAAAAAGUCACAUGAUUUUAAAAAAUCAUUUAAUAUUCAACAAACAUUUACAUUAUUAUCAAGAUUUCAUUGUAAAAUUUAUGAAUUAAUUGAAGAAAAAUAUCAACGAAAUUUUUUAACAAGUGAUGAACAUUUUUUUUAUAUAUGUGGUAGACGUAUGGAUUCACCCGAUUAUCGUAAUUUGAAACAAAAUAGUCUUAGUUUUGAUGAAAUUACAUCAGAUUUUGUACAUAUUGAAGAGAUCAGAAAUACACAUGAAAAUACUAAUCAAUAUAGUGCAUCACAUCGUUAUACAACAACUUCAUAUCAAGAAAUGGAAGAAAAAGAUAAUUUAUAUCUUAAAUGCCCAGAAGAUACAGCAAGUAUUUCUAGUAAUAGUGUAGACGAAAGAGAUAUGAGUACAUGGCGUAUUCAUAUUAGUCAUGCUGAAGAAUUCCGUGAAAGUUUGAAUUCUAAUUCUAAAUAUUGUGCAUUGAUGAUUGAAGUUCAACGAUUGGAUGCAAAUAAUGAUAAUCCAUUAAUUAAUGAUGAAGAAAAACCUCAUAGAGUAGUUGCAAGACGUUAUCAAGAUUUUUAUUUAUUAGAACAAAAAUUAACUGAAUUUCAUGGAAUUUUUUAUGAUGCUCGUUUACCAUCUCGACGAUCAGCAGCAACAGCACGAAGUCUUGAAUUUCUUGAAUCAAUUAAACAUGAGUUUGAACAUUUUUUACGACAUUUAUUAUCCAAGCCAACAUUACGUAAUAGUGAAUUAUUAUAUAAUUUUCUAACACAACCAGAUGAUUUUACUUUACCUAAUGGUGAAAUUAUUCUAGCUAAAAUGUUCAAAGUUGUUCCACGUCGAUUACGUAUUGAGAAAGGACAAUCUCUUGAACCAUUUCUUAUAUCAUUAUUAAAUUAUGCUGAACCAGCUAAAUCAAAAGCAACACAACCAAGUCCUGUGUUUAAUGAUAUUAUUGAAGAAAAACUGCAAAAUUCCAUUUAUGGAAAUAAUGCAAAUAUUGCUGAACCAUUUUUUGAACCCAUAAUAGAAGAACCUAUGAAUCCUUGUCAAGAAGAACUUGAUAGUACUUAUGAUUAUUUAAUUUUUAUAGCUAAAAAAAUUUUUUCUGCAUCACCAUUAUUAAUUCAUUUAUUGAAUUUAUUUCGUGUACCAUUGAAAAAUACAUUUGAUACAUUCUUUUCAUAUUUUAUCGAAAAUAGAAUGGAUGAUAUAUUAAAUGAUGAAGAAAACAUUAUUCUUGUUAUUCAGGCUCUUCAAGAUACUAUUUUUCCUAACGAUGCAGAAGAUAAAGAAUCAACUGAUCUGGUGAAUUUUGAAGAUGUUGUUGCAGUAGCUGAACAAUUUAUGCCAAAUGUGAUCAAACUUAUUUUCGGUGAAUCUAAUGUACAGCAUGGUUUACAAAUUCUUUUAGAACAUUUCCAAGAUCCAUUACUGAACAAACAAUUAUUUUAUAUGCUUCUUGAUGAAAUUCUUUUUCAACUUUUUCCUGAAUUACAAUCACAUUCCGAAAUGUCAAGAACCAAUACAAUAACAACAACAGAAUGA